AGUACUCUUCAAUGAAUGUCUCAGACCAGAUUUGGCUUUUGUUCUCAAUGUUAUAUAACACAACACAAUAAAAGACACAUAGAUAACGUUCUGGUGUACAGUUCUGCUGGAUCAUGCUUAAAUAAUUCACAAUUUUGCAACCAACAAGGACACAGACAGGCUGACGGAGGACAGAGGAUGAAGACUGUGAUUGUGGUUCAUGGUGGCGCGUGGAGCAUCCCGGACGCAUUAGCAGAAUCGUCUGUGGCAGGAGUCAAGGCGGCAGCGCGGGCAGGGGAUGCUGUUCUUAGGACUGGCAGAAGUGCUAUUGACGCUGUAGAAACAGCUGUGAGGUGUUUAGAAGAUGACCCUACAUUUGAUGCAGGUCAUGGUUCAGUUCUGAAUAUUUCUGGUGAGGUGGAGCUGGACAGUAUCAUUAUGGAUGGAGAAACACUUGCUGCUGGAGCGGUGGCCUCUGUUAGAAACAUCGCCAACCCAGUUAGUCUCGCUCGCGCUGUGAUGGAAAAGACAGAUCAUGUCAUGUUGACAGAUAGAGGGGCAAGCAUGUUUGCGGAGCACAUUGGUACUCCAGUAGCUCAUGAUUUGGUGACUGAGCUGGAGCGGAAAGAGUGGGAACAUAGCAAAAGCUAUCCUGAUGGAGUCAAAAAGUUUUUUAACACACAAUGGGGUCAUGAUACUGUUGGAGCGGUGGCUCUGGACUCUUCGGGUAAUGUGGCGUGCGCUACAUCCACCGGAGGAAUUCGAAACAAAAUGGUGGGAAGAGUUGGUGAUUCUCCUAUUAUAGGAUCUGGUGGAUAUGCAGACAAUAGAAGCGGCGCAGUCUCCUGUACCGGCCAUGGAGAGUCUAUUCUCAAAGUCACCUUAGCCAGAUUAAUCCUCUUUCACGUUGAGCAAGGGAAAUCAGCCGUAGGCGCCGCUGAAGCCUCGCUGCAGUACAUGAGCCAGAGGGUGAAGGGAUGUGGAGGAGCUGUCCUUCUGUCCUCCACGGGCGACUGGACCGCCAGCUUCACCACUCCACGCAUGGCCUGGGCCUCCGUUAAAGAGGACAUCCUGCACUAUGGGUUAAAUCCAAAGGAACACUUUACAGAGAUGCUCAAGUAAAAAUUGGUGUUUUAGUAAAUACAAUUGAGGUAAAUUGCUUAGGAAUUCUGAUGUUUGCUUAAGUUUGAUUUUAGCAGUUUGUCCCCUGUGAGGUAUAUUAUUACACACUUUUUAUUUUCAAUUUAAAUCAGUACUAUAUGAACUGUUUUUUUUUAACAAGCAGUUAACGCAAAAAUGUUCUUAAGCAGUAAAAUCAAAUCGUUUUACAUUUGAUUAACAUUUAGAGCAGGGGUCAGGAACCUUUUUUCAGCAAAGAGCCUUUUAUGAUUUUUUUUAGCAAAUGAAUUUAAAGAGCCACUGGCCACUUUAUUAGGUACACCUCUCCAACUCCUUAACACAAAUUUGUAAUCAGCCUAUCACAUGGCCGCAUCUCAAUGCAUUGAGGCAUGUAGACAUUGUCAAGAUGAUUGAUUAAAUAAUACAGGUGUAAACAAAAACUUUAUUUAUGUCCAUGCACAACUCAAAAAUAAACAAAUAUAAAGCAUCACAUGUAGAGCAAGUCCAUGAAUGGAAAAAAAGGACAAUUUAUAGAAUGUUUUUCUUUUCGCCAUCACCACUCAUGGAUGUUGUUUGAAAUUACAUACAUGAGAAGAUUGCCAUAAAAAUGCAAGUUGUUUGCUCUUUAUUGGUGUCGCAAUUCUUUAUCCAUAGUGCCGCACACGCGGAUUGGUUGAAACGUCCUUUUAUUGCUAACUGAGUUCUUAUUCAUUUUGCUCUAAAAAUUACAAUUAAAAAGGGAUUUAUAAUUGAAUUUUCAAUCGAAAACUGACUUCUAGUCAUGGUUAUCAUUUUUAAAACUGUUAUAAAUUGUUAUUGAAGGGAGACAGCUGGAGAGUAACGCAUACAGUCUUUGGUCAAAGAGCCAGAUGUGGCUCGCGAGCCAUAGGUUCCCUACCUCUGAUUUAGAGAAUAAUCCAUUCUGCACUAUACAAAAUGCUUGGUUCCACACAAUCCCUUUGUGUUGUUACAACAUUAAGGAAAUAAGGUAACUUAUUUGUUUUUGAGCAAUUCGAGCGUUAUGGAUGUGAAUUUUGCAGCAAAAAUUCAAAACAUAAAUUCACAGAUAAAGUAUAUAUUAACAUUAUAUUGAAGCAUCUGUUUAUAUUUCCAAAACAAAUAACCAGAGAGUUAUGGAAUCAGAAAAAUAUCAAUCUGAAUCAUUUUUUAGAUUUUAAAUGAAGAAAAUAAACAUGCGUUAUGAAUGUGACAAAAAUGUUAGAAAUUUUACAGUAUACCGUACAACACUUCUGAGAAAUUCUGUAAAUUAAAUUGCACAAAGCAAAAGAAAUAACGCUAAUUAUGUAUAUGAAAUAAUCAAUUUCUGCAUUUAUGAGGAAAAAGCUACAUUUUGGAUGUGAUAUCUCUCUGUCAUGGAUUUGACAGAUGUGAAAUUGGCACUUGUAUGACUUAAAUCCAUAAUAAAUAAUAAAUCCAAUAUAAUUGUUUGAAAACAUUGACAGAGACAUUUUUGAGUAUUUUUAAAGUACUGUAUACUUGCUUACAAAAAACAUACAAACCGUUUAGCUAUUUUGGUUCUGCGAACCAUACAUAACAUGGCUUAAUAUGGCUUAAUGUAACUAAAUGAAGAAUUAAUCUUAACCCUCAGAUAAUGAAUGACGAGAAUGACAUUACUUCAAAAAAUCUGAAUUUGGCAUGGGAUGAAAACUGUUUUCAAGGUAUCCUGUGGUUUGGAAAAGUCAAGGUUUUAAAACCGCCAAAUUUUCUGCUGUAUCGUUUCUAAGGUACAAUAUAUAUAAUAUUUUUUAUUUACGUCUUCUUUUUUUAAUGUUUUUAGGAUAACAGUAUCCCCAGCUGAAAAGGUAUCCAAAAAUGCUGUUUUAAAUUGUAAAGAAAUCUGUGUUUCUGAAGCUAAUGAAGACUCAUUUCUAUUAUUUAGUCUGACAUGUUUACUGAUCCAAAAUAGUUUAAAUGUUUCUCAAAAUAAAGUAUAUUGUGCUCAAAGGGGAAAACAUUUUUGUUUUUAAACCAGACAUUUUAAAAGAAUAUAUUUUAGUCCAGUAAUCACAGUUCCAUCAAACAUACCGUUAGAAUCUUAUACUGGCCAGAUGUAUCAGAUAAAUUUGAAAAGAUUAUGUAUUAGAUAAAUACAAUAACAAUAUAACAAAUGUAUAAAUGGCACAUUCAGCAUUAAAGUUAUCAAUGCAUUGGUUUUGUACUACAUUUGAGAAAUUCUGCUUCAUUAAAGAGGCGUUUUUUUCCUUCAUGAUUUUUUUUAUGUUUAAUGAUGCAUAGAGGACUGUGUUUAUGUUUCUUAAAAAACAUAAUCACAAUGGUCCUGCUGAUUUGUGAAAAAUAUCCUGGAUUUUUUGUUUUUGCUUGUGAAUGAGGCAGCGAUAUUAUGGAAUGGAAAUGAGGGGAGGCUGUUAAAUUAUUCCAGCCAUGGGAAUUGACGGAUGACUAAUUUAAUUAUUUCCUGAAUUUUAAUUCUUCAUUAGGAAAAGUUUUACAGCUGCUAGUUAGUGCCUUGUUCGCCCUUCAUUUAUUUAAUAUUUAAAUGUUGUUUCAAAUUAAAGUCUGCCCGUGUAUUGUAUGCACUAAAUGAAAAUAAAUAUGCUCUUAAAGGGUGCACUUUUUACCAGUUAAAAAGAUCAUAAAAAGCUUCAAAAUGUAUACAUGCUUCAUAGUGUGAUCUGAGGUUAUAUUUGAAUUAUUAAACAGUAAAAUCCAUUGCAAUAGUAUCUACAAUAUGCAGCAGAAUAAUCACAUAGAGGAAUCUCAAGAGGUUUUCUGACUCCUAAAAAAGGCAAAAGUUUCUCUUGUCUUUUUAUUAUUGACGGAACUGAUUAUUCCACAGUGAUUCCCCCACUCCUGCUGUGUGCAGCACCUCUAUGCAAUUAACAUUUUGACAUGUUUGAUCAAUCAUACAGACUACAAAAGAACAAAAAUAAAUAAUUAAGUACAGAUUAUUAGCCUGGAUGCAUUCAGUGUAUUUGAUCAGCGCUGCGAGUUAGAUCAAAGCUUUGCACAAAGUAUGGAAAAGCCGACAUUACAGCAUCUACUCCGCACCAUGAGACAAAAGUGUGUUUCCCCAACUGAAAAAAGAUAAACAUUAUGCAGAGAUCAAGCCCUCUGAGCUUUAAAUGAACAAUUCUGACUCCAGCACAGCCGAAGUAGGUCAGUAUUUGGGACUGCUUGUUAAAACUUAACCAGUCAACUUCUUUCCAAGUUGUUGAGAUGAACUCUGCUAACUUGAGAUUCGAGUGAGCCGUAUCUAAAAAAAGAUUUCAUCAUUUGCUUUUACAUAGCAGUUAUUUUAUUAACUUUUAAAAUUAGUAGCUCUCAUGAACUAACAAAGAACUAAGCAA